GAGCUACCAUCUCAAGCGCAAACAUCUCAAGCGAUCCCAAAAGUCGUGUGUGAUCAUCAGAAACCAAAGAUAUAAUAGCAUUACUUCGAAACAAGAAACAAUGGUGAAAAGUGAAAUGGAAUUCAAGAGCAACUUCUCCAUCGAUGCCAUCUUGGCCAAGAAACCCACCAACAUUCCCGCAACCCAACCCAUCAAAACCGAGCCGGUGCACCAUCAUCACCACCAUCAGUAUGUCCAUCCGUACUCCAAUUCCGAUGGCGAACUCUCGGCCUCGGAGGAUUUCGAUAGCCCCAGCCGAACCAGCACUCCCAUGAGCAGUGCCGCCGAAAGUCUGUCAUCUCAGAACAACGACAAACUCGAUGUGGAGUUCGAUGAUGAGCUGGAGGACCAGCUCGACGAGGACCAGGAGAGCGAGGAUGGGAACCCCAGCAAGAAGCAGAAGAUCAGCUCCGGCAGCGACACCAAGAAGCCGCCGUACAGCUACAAUGCCCUCAUCAUGAUGGCCAUCCAGGAUAGCCCCGAACAGCGGCUGACUUUGAACGGGAUCUAUCAGUACCUGAUCAAUAGAUUCCCCUACUUCAAGGCCAACAAGCGGGGCUGGCAGAACUCCAUUCGUCACAACUUGAGCCUAAACAAGUGUUUCACGAAGAUUCCCCGGAGCUACGAUGAUCCCGGCAAGGGCAACUACUGGAUCUUGGACCCCUCGGCCGAGGAGGUUUUCAUUGGCGAGACCACCGGCAAGUUGAGGAGGAAGAAUCCCGGAGCGAGUCGCACUCGUCUGGCCGCCUAUCGUCAGGCCAUAUUCUCGCCCAUGAUGGGUGGUUCUCCCUAUGGAACCCCUGCUCCUGGCUAUGGAUAUCCUGCCGCAGUUCCCUUUGCCGCUGCCGCCGCCGCCGCCCUGUACCAGCGCAUGAAUCCCGCCGCCUAUCAGGCUGCCUACCAGCAGAUGCAGUACCAGCAGGCUCCCCAGGCCCCCCAUCAUCACCACCAGUCGCCCCAUCCCGCCCAGAUGCAGGGCUAUCCGCCCCAGCUAAACGCCGAGCUGUUCCAGCGCAUGCAGUUCUUUGGCAAGUUCCCGUCCAGCUAAAUUCGCCGGGAGCCGGCGCAAAACCAAGCCCAGCGCUUUGGAUCAACAAAAAAUACCCAGGGACUAGGGUCGCUUGGGGGAGGAACUAGGACUAGUAGGACUCACCCUACUUUAUCCCCCCGCGAAACACCCUUGACGUCUAAAUGCUUCAGUUUAGCAAAUUCUUUUGGUCAUUUCCCCACUGACCGCUUCGCUUCUUCAGCGGGUCCUCCGAAUCGACCUGGAAAGUCGAUGGUUAUAGCAAGGAACCAGCUCUGAAAUCUACAGGACAGCCGAUCCUCAAACGAGGCCAAUUCUUCGCCAGCCGAGGGCCCUUGUAGCUUGCCUACUAAUUUUUGUACAUAUUUAUUUAAAA